CCCGACGGAAGCCGCCCGCCCCCAUCGCCGCCCCCUCUGGCGUGUUCAUGCCCCCGGGGCCCCAGGGAGCACCAUGGCCCGAGCACGCCAGGAGGGCAGCUCCCCGGAGCCCGUAGAGGGCCUGGCCCGUGACGGCCCUCGUCCCUUCCCACUCAGCCGCCUGGUGCCCUCAGCUGUGUCCUGCGGCCUCUGUGAGCCUGGCUUGCCUCCUGCCCCUGCCACCCCUGCCCUGCUGCCAGCUGCCUACCUCUGCGCCCCCGCUGCCCUGCCCGCUGUCACUGCCGCCCUAGGGGCCCCCCGCUGGCCUGGGGGUCCCCGCAGCCGCCCCCGAGGCCCGCACCCCAACGAGGCAAGAGGCGCAGCAGCGACACCGCCCCUCGCCGUGGAGGGUCCUGUACAAUCUCAUCCUGGGACUGCUGCCCUUGCCCCGGGGCCGCGGAGCCGCAGAGAUGGAGCCCAAUUAGGUGCCUGCACCUGCCUGGUAGACGUCGGGGACUUGGGGGGCAGGACCCUCCCACAUCCUGACGCCCUGGCCAGCACAGGGGACAUUUUCUGCACCAUGUAGCAUACUGGACCAGAGCCCUGCCUGUCCCAGGGGCGGGCCCGGCAGCCACUCCAGCCCCAGCCCCGGCCCCGCCUGGGGCGCACUGUCGGAGAUGUGGACUCCUGGGCCCCUGGCUGAGAAGCCAGGGCAGAGAGGGCUGAUGGACUGACUCAGCGUCUGAAGGCGGCGGUGACCGAGGGGGUGGGGACCGAGCCGCCCGCCUCUGCCGCCCACCACCAUCUCAGGAAAGGCUGCUGGUGCUGGCUGCCCGUUCCAGCUGCAGGGGUGACACUGGGGGGGUCCCUCCCAGUGCUCCUUCACUCUGGGCCUGGCCUCAGGCCCCUGGUGCUUCCCCCCCUCCUCUCGGGGAGGGGGCCCGUGAAGAACAAAUGAGCCAAACGUGACCACUAGCCUCCUGGAGCCAGAGAAUGGGGUGCGUCUGCCGGCUGCCCCAGCCCAGCGCCCAGCCAUCUUCCCUGAGCCAGCGGCGGGUGGUGGGCAUGCCUGCCUCACCUUCAUCUGGGGGUGGCCAGGAGGGCCCAGACUGUGAAUCCUGUGCUCUGCCCGUGACCACCCCCCUCCCCCAUCAAUCCAUUGCAUAGGUUUAGAGAGCGCACGUGUGACCACUGGCAUUCAUUUGGGGGGUGGGAUAUUUUGGCGGAAACCGCCCCAGCCUUAGUCCCCAGGGCGAAGCGCUGGGGGGAAGAGGGGAGUCAGGGAGGGGGAAUCUCAGAAGAGGGAGGAGUCUGGGAGUGGGGAGGGACGGCCCAGCCUGUAAAUUACUGUACAUGCACUGCUGUAGAUACCGGAAUGAAUUUUCUGUACAUGUUUGGUUAAUUUUUUUUGUACAUGAUUUUUGUAUGUUUCCUUUUCAAUAAAAUCAGAUUGGAACAGUG